AUGAAUGAAAAAGGAAAAGACAGUGAUUUGUGGGGUAUAGAUUAUUGUAAUCACAGCCCAAAAACCGGUGCAACGAAUAAGUUCUUUGUCAACUUAUUUCCAAUCGAAUUGUUCCUGAACUUCAGCUACAGCAAUAUCAGGAGAAUUUGGAGCAUAUUCCUUCGUACAGUAGCAUACCAUGCAGCAGAAAUGUUUGUCCGCACAUAUUCGGAGGAAUUACUAAACGUACCUCCUCCCACCGGUCUUAAUGAGGAAUUGUCAUUAACAGAAGACGUGUCCGAUGCUCAAACCAUGUUUGAUUCUGCUGUAAAAGCUGAUGAUGCUUAUGGUGUACUAUCUGAUGAAACAAUCGGAACCUAUAAAAAAACAGCUAUAUUUGAACCCCAGUCAUAA